AUGAUGCUCCCCUUAGCCAGCCAAUUGUACCAAUUUCACCAGAUAGCCGCUGCUGAAAAUGAUGUAUUGGCCUUCGAUCCAGAUUCUGAUGUUUCAGGUUCUGCAAUUCGGACUGAAACGACCUCUGUCCCUGUUAAUCUAUUUUGGUGUCAGUCUAUUACUCUACCUUUUCUCCCAUUGCUUGCCCACCCUUCUGGAUCCUGGGUCCCUGGCGGACCUGCUUCAUUAUUUUCGGAAGAGUUUUCCUCAAUUUCUAUUAUCUUGGUGGGGGUCUUGGUAACGGAUGAGACUAUUUCCAGCUUUUACAACCCUUCCAGGUGUCAGCGGUUCCCCUUGAAUCGGUCAUUCCAUCCGGAGUUUCAAUUAGAUAAUUCCUUUGUGCUCCGCUGGCGCCUAUUAUAG